UAAGCAAGUCAAUGUCAUCAACACGUUGGGAUUUGUGAUUUUGUGUAGUUUGGUUAUAUGAUAAUAAAAAUAGUGAUAAAUAAUUAUUACCAUGAAGUUUAAACAAAAGAAAUCUAUAAAAACCACUUUAUCAGAGAAGAUAGCUGAUGCGUUAACAGUUAAACCCCGAGCAGAUAUCGAAGAUGACCAAGUAUUUGGUACGAAACCACAAACUCUUUCACGUGCCGAUUUUAGCUCCUCUGAAAGCGAAGAUGAGGCAACUAUCAGUGAUUUCAAGAAAAGAAAUGUUAAUUUGUUGAGUGAAGUCAGCAAGAAGUAUGAAGGGACAGUGGUUUCUCACAAACAUUUAGAAAGUCAAAGUGAUGAAAGUAGUAUUGAAGAUAUUGAUUACACAAACAAAAAGAAACUUGUAACUUCAGACAGUGAAGAGUCUGAAAUCUUUCAGCCAAAUAAUAAAGUACAAUCUGAUUCCGAGGACUUAGGAUCUGAAGACGAAAAGGAUUCUAGUAAAAAAUUGGGAAAACUUAAAACACAAAGUGAGUCAGAUGAAGGAUCAGACAGUGGCGAUGAAAGUGAUGAUUAUGGCAUCACACAGUUUCAGCAAUCACAAGCAAACACUUCAGAUAAUGAAGAAGGAUCAGAUGUAGAUGAUGAGGAAGGUUAUGACAUUAGCCAGUUAGAAGAACCUAUAAAAGAGGAAUUUGAACAUGUAAAGAAAAAAAAUAUUUCUGAAGAAGCCAAGAAGGGUAAUUGUGUGCGAAAUGAGCUUCUGAUAUGGGAAAGUUUGUUAGAGAUGAGAAUACACCUCCAAAGAUGUGUGAACACAGCCAAUCAGCUUCCAAUGCCUGAUACUUUUAGUGAGAUGAAGAAAAAUACAGAGUUUCUUGAAGAGACUAAUGUUACUAAAGCCAAUGUGGCUAAUAUGCUAGAUAAACUGCUGUCUCUACAAAACACAUUGCUUAAAAACUUUCCUGAAACAAAGGCAUUGGCAUCUAAAAAGAGUUCACAGAUUGAACAGGAAACAAAACAAGAAAGUGACGAAGAAAUACCAUCAGAUACAGAAGCUGAAGAAGACUCUGUCAAAGACGAAGAACCUUCUAAGAAACAAAUAAAAGUGAAAGCUACUACAGCCAAGAAACGGAAAUUAGAUGACUAUGAGAAAGAAAUAUCAACAUCUCACAAAACCUUUAAAUCAUUUAGAGACUUGACAAUUCAAAAAUGGAAUGACAAAACAAGGCUAGCAACUGCCGCUAAUAUUAAAAAUGCACCUACAAACACAAUAUUACAGCAAAUAUCCUACAUUUUAUCUGACAGAGAAAAGCUUGUUAGAAGAACACAGUUGAAAAGAUCAGAGUAUGAUAUUAUUGGAUACAAAAAAGUUGUAGAGGAAGUAGAGACAGAUCAAAAUGGCACAGAUAUUAAUCCAGUUACGAGAGGCCGAAAAGAUGACGAUGAAUAUAUUUCUGAAAUAUUUGAUGAUAGUGAUUUCUACCACCAACUACUGAGAGAGCUAAUAGAGUGUAAAAGUGCUGAUAUAUCAGAUCCAGUACAGUUGAGUCGGCAAUGGAUAGCUCUCCAGCAGAUGCGGAGUAAGAUGAAAAGAAAAGUUGAUACCAAAGCAACUAAAGGUCGUAAGAUAAAGUAUGUUGUCCAUAAUCCAUUAGUGAACUACUUGGCUCCGGAGAAAAGCACCUCGUGGAAUGAUGAGAGCACCAAUGAGCUGUUCAGCUCACUGUUUGGGAAGAUGUUUGAACAUAAUAAUGUAGGUUUCAAUGGCAAUGGUUUCAAAAUAAAUUAAUUUGAUAAA